UUACUCUUGGCAAAAAUAACAUGCAAUAUUUACAAUAAUAAAGCAAAAGUAUCCCUAUAUUUAAAAUUCUCUUCCUAGUAACGAUAAAUGUAAAGUGAUUUCAACGUGUAUGUGUGUGUGCAACAAAAUUUGAUACCGUGUUGUUUUGUUUAGUUAACAAAGGUGUAUUUAGACCAAAAUCCCUGUUUUCGUUAAUUAUUAUUGUACAGUGGACCUUUUAAAUAUAUAGUUUUACAGUCGUUUUCUAAUAAAUAUGUUUUAAACCUAUUUAAAAUAGCACAAAUAUCGAAAUAAUGUUUGAAAACAUAUCUAUGAAUUAACCUCUCUUUUAAAGUAUAAUGAAUUAAAACGAUGUCGAGAUGUAUACGAGUUUGCGCGGCAUAUACGUAUAGACUAACACGAAGACACUCUACUUUAUUUAUAUUUAUUACCUUUGUAGUAACUCUUACUGUGAUAUUUCAUUUCUAUGCUUUUAAACAUAAUGAGCACCCUCAUGCCUCUCCACAAGUUGGAGACUUUGAAUACAGACCAGGGGCUUUUCUACGAGGACGAUACCCUCACGACAACAGAAGCUAUUGCCAGUUCAACUAUGGUUUACCAAAUUAUAUCGAUUGGGGGACAUUUCCAAUAUUCACGACGCCCGAAGCAGGAAUUAAUGGACCGUACAGAGUCAUCUAUAACGCAAUCAGGGGCAUGGCAUAUGCCAACAACAGCAAAUAUGAUGCGGUGACGUAUGCGACGCAAGCGACCCCGGAAUUCAUUUAUCACAUUGCUGAAAUUGCCAAAUAUUGGGACGGGCCAAUCAGUUUAGCUGUUUACGUACCUAAUUAUGACAUGGACAUUACAAUUCAGAUAAUGAAACAGUUGUGCUCGUGUUAUCCAGGUAUGUCGAAAGUAUCAUUACAUCUUUUUUAUCCAAAACGCCAUCCGCCAAAAAUAAGAAAACCGGAACAGAUAAUAGUUACCACAGAAAUUUCUACAACAACGUCAAAUGUUUCCGUAGAAGAAAUACUAAGGGAUAAAUUGGAAAGAUAUAAGAAUUUGAAUCCAAAAACUAGGGCGGGAUAUGUAGAAUGGGUGAGGAAAAAGAAAAUAGAACGCAUGAUGGCGAAAAUAAGCAAAAAGGAGGAAGGCGCACCGAAUUUGCAUUUCGUUGAUUGCUCCGGUCCCGAAGUGCUUGACAUUCCGACGUUUCGGCGCGAUCAUAAAAUGAUAUAUCCCAUAAACGUGGGAAGGAAUGUCGCUAGGAAUGCAUCAAAGACAAACUAUUUUAUUGUGUCUGAUAUAGAAAUGGUGCCGAGCGAUGGAUUAGCGCCGAAAUUUCUGAGAAUGGUGCGGAAACUUAUGGGCGAUAAGAAACGCGACGAGGGCUGUAUUUUCGCUAAGACAGUCUUUGUAGUGCCGCUCUUUGAAGUGGAAAGGGGAGAGGAGAUACCUCACGACAAAGACACGUUAGUGAACAUGGUGACUUCAAACCGCGCCAUGUAUUUCCACCAGAAAGUCUGUUCCCAUUGCCAACGGUUUCCUGGACUUCAGACGUGGCUGCUGCGACCUUCACCAGAUAUAUUGGAGCCAAUGCUGAUAGCCCGCCGGGAGUACCCUUACCACCGCUGGGAGCCUCUUUACUUCGGCACUCACCGGGAGCCCUGGUACAGUGAGAGUCUAUCCUGGGAGGGGAAACAGGAUAAGAUGACACAGAUGCUAGAACUCUGCCUUCAAGAGUAUCGCAUGGUGGUCCUCGACGGCGGUUUCCUCUGCCACGCCGCAAUCAGCAAGAACACAUCGAACAACGCAAGAGCUCAGACAAUAAACCGGCAGAGGUACCAGGGCAUCAUAAGUUCCUUCAAACAGAAUUACCCAGAUCGACCGAAAUGUAAAUUGACGUGGGGAUGUGGACAGUUGAAUUAAAGAUAUAAUAUUAUGUUUUAUGUGGUUUAGUUGAAUUAUUUUAAUGGUAUUCAAGAAUUGUUUAAUUGUUAUUGAAGCUUCUAUUUGUUUGAUUGAUCUAUUUCUGUUCGAUGUUAUGCUGGAAAUGUGAAAAAUGAUAUGAUUAAAAUAUGUUUAUAGCUAACAUUAUUUUUGUUCGUGUAAUAUAUUCACAGUUUAAGUAGUAGGUAAAUGAAAACUGUCCUCACAGUCUUGUAGCUGCUCCGCGCGGUUUCACCCCCGUGGCUCCACUCCUGUUGGUCUUAGCGUGAUGAUAUAUAGCUUAUAGCCUUUCUCGAUAAAUGAGCUAUCCAACACCGAAAGAAUUUUUCAAAUCGGACCAGUAGUUCCUGAGAUUAGCGCGUUCAAACAAACAAACAAACUCUUCAGCUUUAUAAUAUUAGUAUAGAUUAUUCGACUGUACCAAAUCAAAGACGUCAUUUUGAAUCAAUAUACCAGCGUAUUAUUAUUCCUUUUCUUUUCCUUGGGAUUUAGUCAUAAAACACAUUUAACAACACUAUACAUAUAUAUAUAUAUAUAUAACCUUACAUUUUUUAAAAGAUCUAUCGGUUAUAUUUUUCGGAGAAACUGCGAAAGCAUAACAGACGUGUUGUUUACCAAAAUUCAGAUAGCAGUAUAAGGUAUGUAUGUCUAAAGUGAUUAGGGAUCGACCCUUCGUAAGUAAAAAUGAAGGAACCUUCAUAGAAAGCAUAGGGCUCCCUUGAUCACGGUCAUAAAGUAAUAUGGCCUGAAGUUAUGGACAGGCAACGCUACGAUUUCCUCCCCGAUACGAACGUAUAGUAAACAUGUUUAUUUUAUUGAAUUGUUAAUAUACUUUUUCAAAUUAAAUAUCACGAUUUGUUAGAUAUAUUUUGUUACUAAUUCUAUCUCAAGUACAAAUAACAGAGUGCAAACUCUGUAACGAAAUUUUUGGCAUAUAAAAUUACAUAGGUAUAAUGCAAAGCCAUUUUUACUACGAAAAAUAACUUUUCUUAUUUAAAGACAUAGUAAAUAUCAAGAUAAUGUUACAACAAAGCCACACAUUUAUACAUUUCGUAUAUAAAUGAUACAAAUAGGUAUCAUUUGUUUUUGUUUAUAGCCCGCCAUUUUGUUAAGAAAAUUCCCUUUGGUAUAAGAAGUUAUGUUAGGUAUGUGAAAAAGUAAAUAAUAGUUGAAAAUAGUCGAACAUAAUUAAUAAAAAAUUUGUCGAAUUUUGAAUUUUGAACAUAAUCGUAGUUUAUUAUACAAUAAUAUACGUUUUAAUGCAUAACUAAUUGACAAAAAUAUUUACGUGAGUAUCGCGAUAAAUGUAUUAUUCGAUUUUAAUAGCUUGAAGGUUGAACUACUUCUUAAUGUAAAGGAAAUGUACACUAGAUGUAAAACCGUUAAGGUCUUCCAACUUUUAGUUUGCAUAGAGUGGGAUGUCUCCGCUAAACUUUGGGAUUUUUAGUAGGACUAUGAAUUAUUCAAUCGCUCCUUCCCGUUGUGAUUACUUUGUUGUGAACUUACUGAAUAAUAGCGGAGUUUCCCGAUUUUAUGCUUAAUAAUUUCUUUCUUGUUCGACGUAAAAUACUUUUGUAAAGGAUCCUUAUUCAUCUGUAUCGAUCUUUGUGUAUAUCUUCGGUUCUUUCGGUUGGUUAAAGUAUUUAUAGCAAUAUUAUAACAAAUUUACUGAAUUUUGCUUCCAUUACAUAGUAUGACGUAGGCGAUAUCGCCUUAAUAUAUUUUCAAUUAAAUUCUAUUUU